GUUCAAUGCACUUGAUGCAAUUGAGAACGUAAUUGUAGUAUACCUCUUAUAACUUAAAAUUACCCGGGAUGUACCCUGGAUUUACAUCCACCAGAAAAUUCUGUGAGUUGUAGCAGACUUAAAACGUUUGAUACAUAGAAUGGCUAAGAUACCUAGUCAAACUUCAUUUCAAUCUGCUUUGAUCCCAGAAGAUUUAAUUUUAAUAUACGCUCAGUACGUUUUAGUAGAUAAUGGGUCCAUGUCCUGUUCUUCAUGUGUACCAUGUAAAUUGCAAGCAGGUAGAUGAAAUCCAAUCAAUCUACCAAACUAGCUAGUAUCUUAGCUAAUCUAAUUGGCAAUACUAAACCACCAUUCUUAAUAUCUUUAGGAUUAGCCCAUGGGUCCCUAGUCUUGGGUCUUUCACCUCUUGUUUUAGCUUUCUGUACGUUUCCUUAAGGCUGACUUCUAAUAUCACUCAUUCAAAUAGUGGUUACCUGGAGUGGAUUAAAAUCAGUUGAACUACUUCUCAAAGGUUUGGUCUAAGAUCAGAUCACUAGCGGGUGAUGUAAGCCAUUUUCCCACGAAAUAUAAGCGUAUGUUUAGUCUAAAUUGCGCGCACUACGUUUUUCAUCUUUUAGUUGUGUUGUUCACAACUUCACACAAUCGUUGCUUCUUCGCUACAAAUCGUGCUCGUAGCUCGAUGGGAUGACUUUCCAACCAUUUAUUGGAUACUAAAGUUCAUUGUUUUAAAGCUUUUAACUUCAAAUUGUUAGAGGUGCUGAUCCCGUCUGAAUUCAAGGUAAUUCUGGAUAAAUAUGUCAUCCAUCCAUAGAUGAGCAUCUAGCUAGUUUUGUCUAGAUCAUAUAAUUAGUUUUCAUACUUUAGCCUGGUUCUUAUGGUUAUUCCCAGAUUUUUCUUCAGUGAAGUGUAAACAAAUAUUUGGUUGCAUGGAUUAUCCACUGAGUUAACUAAAUUGUAUGUUUUUCAUACAGACCACUAUCUUUUGCACUGCAUGAUGUUAACUGAAGAAGGAUUAGGUCGCAAAGUGCUAUGAGAGUCAAGUUUUAACAUCAGUUAAUAAAGUCUCUAGAUGCUAGUUAGUGUGUAUUUCUUUACCUUGUCUUACGAUGAAUAUUCAAUCUACCUAACAUAGUUAAGUAUAUUUAAUUAAAGUUGUAGUUAUUACGACUCUACAAGCUCUAGCUCUAAAGAAUUAAUCAUUGGAUUAACGUGAUUAUUAACCACCAUUAGGUCUACUUACUUCAUUAUACUACAUCUUUAGUCUUCUUUCUGUCUGAUUUUCAUUGGGCCGUAAAUUAUAUAACAUCCCUAGGAAACAAUUAAUUACACUCAAAAGCGUUUAUGCAACAAAAAUGAUUUAGUUAGCAUCGUACUGAGUCCCAAAAAUUAUUCUAUCUUGUUCCUCGUAACUUCAAUCUAAACCCACGAAUUUUUCGCUCAGUCAGAAUUAUGAUAGAGAAAAUGCCUUAGAAUACUGAUUUUCAAAGUAAACAUAAACAUAUUUUUACUGAAUGUUCUUUUAUAUUUAUUUUUAACCUAAGAAUGACGCUUCUGCGCCUAUGUUUGAACCAUCACUUCGGUCUGUAGUCGAAAGACGACCUAUUUUCUCUUCUAAAAUUUCAUUCAAUAAUGGUCAAUCAUCCAAUUCUAUGCUUCCAGCAGCGAUAGCACCGGAUUCUUCACAAAGCUUUGAUCAGAUACGCUACCAACCCUAUAAUACUAAUUAUGUUCCCGACGCAGUUCAGCAGAUCAAGGGAGCGAAAUGGACAAAUGAUUUUGUGGGUGUUCCAGUAACUGCUGGUGAUAAAUCAUCUGUUGGAAAUUCAUCAUGUCUACCUAACGCUCAUCAGUCAACAAACUUCUCACCAACUCAACAACCUGCCAACUUCUUAAACAAUUCAGUUGCGCAGAUACGAAGUAAUCCAUCACAUAAUUCACCCCAGAUAUCUACAGAAGGGCAAUUUGUCGCUUUGCAUGAUUACGUUAAACGUGUAGAUGAUGAUUUGAAUAUGACCAAAGGACAAAUAUUUAAUAUACUCGAUAAUUCACACUCUGAUUGGUGGUAUGCGGAAUGUGUAUCUACUGGUAAUCGAGGAUAUGUACCCAAAAAUCAUUUAGCAGCUGUUACCAGUUUAGAAUCCAAUGAAUGGUAUUUUGGAGAAUUGAAACGUAUUGAAGCUGAACAUUAUCUUCAACUUCCGGGAAAUGAUCAUGGCUCUUUUUUGGUUCGAAUCAGUGAAUCUCAAUCCAGUGAAUAUUCUUUAUCAGACAGUUUAACCUCGUUUAUUUUGACUAGGUCGUACUCUGUCAAUAAUAUUUAUGCCUAGUUAUCAGCUACAUUGUAUAUGGGAUAGUCUUGGAUUUAAUAACGUGAGCGAUAUCUGCCAAAGUUUGGAGAAACUCUUAUUUGUGAUAAAAUACAGAUUAGCAGUAUUGUGAUCUCCAUAUCUCUUGUCUACUGAUAUUUAGAUUAUACAGUAUUUAACAAAAUGUUUGAUUGUAUAGUGUUAAGCAUUGCUGGUUAAGACUAUGUUAUUCACAUUUCUGGAUGUAAUAAUCUGAGAAACCAGUAAUUAUGUAUGUUGUUGCAUUUUUGUUAUGUCCAGUAAAUAAUAUCCGAUAAAAAAUUUCUGACUGAUCUCCAGGAUUCUGAUAUACUUCUGCAUUCAUAAGAUAAGGUGGGAAUCGUCGUUUUUGUACUCAGGAGGUAAUCAACCUAAUUCAGCUACCUGGACUGCAAAUUAAUAAUAACUCAACUAUAUAAUCCGGAACCCGUCAAUAAUCGUGUGUGUAAGAGCGAGCAUCAACAGUGUAAGGCUCGAGAUAUUCAGUUGCUAAAUAGUAUAAAAUCGGGCAUAACUCUCAUCUGUAAUUCAUUAGUUAGUAAUUGAGUGCUGAAAUUAUGGAGUAGUGAUUAUUAUCAUUAUUGCGUUAUUUAGUCUUUCAAACAUUUCAUCCUAGGGUCGUUAAGAGAAACAAAAGCUAUUCCAUGUGCUUAAUCUAAUUUUGUGGAGAUUUUUUUCACAGCAUAAAAGGGUUAGUUAUAACAUUUUUUUCUUCAAACUCUGAACUAUUUGACUUGUCAAUAAUAAGUUCGUUAGUCUUUAGAUUGCAGAUACAUUGUGUUGUCUUCGAACAUAAAGGUAAUAUUUAUAAUUUCUAUAAUAGACAAAUAAUUCUAUAACUAUAGGUUGUGCGAUCGAUCGUCCGGGUGAUGUAUCUUCACACAUCUAAAUAAUUUAUUCAAGCCAACAAUCAAUGGUUGUAAAAAACAAUAACUGGUAUGUAGAAUUAGUCAUCUUCUAUAAGUGACAUACUUUUGGACAGAUAACUUAACACCAAAUAAAUAUGAAUAGCUUUCUUUUAAAACAUGACUGGCAUUUUUUCAGAGUUCUUCAUUAAUCCAUAUAUACUUGCACCCCAAUAGGUUUCUGCAUAUGUAGAUACUAAAACAUGCGAUAUUACAAAAUUUAAAGUUUUUCCUGGCUGAAAUGUAUGUAGGUGAGUAAUCUUCAUCAUACCCCUUUCUGAAUCUAAUUACAUGCACUAUUUCAUGGUGCAUGUGGACUUUGUUGUAGUAGUCCCAAAAAAUAUCCCUCGUCAAAUUCCUUAGGAGCCCAGAAACGCCAGGAAACGUUUUAUCGUCACAGAAACACCUAGAAGAAGAAGCGGAAUCACAUGCCGUGGCUUUGAUUGGAUGUUCACAUAUGCUGCUACUAUAUUUGGUAUGGCACUAGAAAUUUCCAGGAGCCCAAUGUCGUAUGUUACUAUAAAUGCCCUCGUUUUUCUGUACAUAAACCUAACCAUGGAGUAAAGCGUUCUUCCCACACUUCUCGUGUUCAAGUUGCCAUGUAGAUUAAACCUGGAGUUAUUAGAAGCUGGUUGGAAAUCGGAUCGAGGGUUCAAUUAGCAGGUUUAUUGCGUAUUUGCUGAUGUCGGACUAGCUUUUUUGUGAGUUCAAUAGACAUUUAUUUAGUCGAAGAUCCAUUCACUCAUUUUUCUUGGAUUUUUUGGCCUUCGUUUGUUAUAACACCGCUUGUGAAGUUACAGUGGAACUUGUUUAUUAACCCACAAAGAAAUUUGAUUCAAGCACUGCAUUUUCUACGUCGUUGCUGGAGGACAAUUUAUUCAAAGUUGAUAGAUGUUUCUUCACCCAUCUGUUCCUCCGUGUGCAAAAGUUAUCAGUAGUAUCGUUUACUACCUUAGUUAUUUUUGAUCGGAAUUCAAAAUUAAGUUGAAUUAGUAGAUCCUCAUAAUCUUCCGGUCAAUUUCAACUAUUAAUGAAUUGAUCCCAUCUGAAUGAAAUAAGUGAUUUCAACUUACCAGUUGUCACCGAGAUUCAGAGCUUCAAAUCCCACCGUCAUUGUUAGAGCGGACAGAAUAUUGUAUGAAUUAAGUUAAAUGUGUAUAUGUAUAAUUUAUAACAGAAUUCUUCCAUCAUAACAUUUGAGGUGAUGUGAUAGGAGAAUUGAUGAGGCUGAUCGUAGGGUCUCAAAUCUACCAGUUUAGAGGUUACCUACGAGGUCUAAAUUCAAUAACCAUUUAUAAUUUAAGUGAAUUCUAUUCAUUUUAUUGACCGGUUAUUCUGCCUUUUGAUACUCGGUCAUUGUUGACUUGAGUCAGAUUUGUGUAUAAUUAUCAUUUAAUCACAUUAUUCUUAUAAAGUUAGUCGAUCGAUCUCGCAUAUCAUACCAUUAGAAAAAUAAUUUCCUCCGUCUUAAUAAUUGCAUUACUCAACUUCUGUCAAAAAUACGAUUUUUAUUGUCUGAAUGAAGUUCGUUCUAGAAGAAUGGAUUCAUGUAGUCUCAAGUAAUACUAAAAGACAGCUCUGCAUAAACCAACACCAUAUUCAUAUCAUAAAUAAAUAAUGCAGACGAGUACGAUUGAUUAAUAGGCAGUUAUACAUGGGUUUGUAUGCAUUUCCCAAAACAUUUUCGUAUAUACAAUUAGUUUUCAAUGCCUUUCCAAAUAAAU